CCGUCAGUCUGCAGGCCGCUCGACCCGGACCGAACCCGGCCAGAACCCGCCGCAGUCCGGAGGAACCCAAACUUUACUUUCUGCUCUUUUCCUGCUUCUGUCCGAGUCCAUGAGCGUCUCGGCGCAGCGGCUCUUGUGACUGCGGAUCUGCGCAUGUUUGGCUCCUGACGCUGAAGCUCCGCUGCGCCGCUUCUCUUUUUUCUGCACUUUUCUUCCCACUCGGCUGCGCUCCGCUAUAAAAGCGGCACCAUGAUGAGCAGCAGCGGCUACUUGGAGCCGCCGCAGUUCUACCAGGCUCCGGACACCGGCGAGGAGGAGGAGGAGAUGCCGGCCACCGAGAAGGACCUGGCCGAGGACGCGCCCUGGAAGAAGAUCCAGCAGAACACGUUCACCAGGUGGUGCAACGAGCACCUGAAGGUGGUCAACAAGCGCAUCAGCGACCUGCAGAAGGACCUGAGCGACGGACUGAAGCUCAUCGGGCUGCUGGAGGUUCUGAGCCAGAAGAAGAUGUACAGAAAGUACCACGCCAGGCCCAACUUCAGGCAGAUGAAGCUGGAGAACGUGUCGGUGGCGCUGGAGUUCCUGGACAGAGAACACAUCAAGCUGGUCUCCAUCGACUCUAAAGCCAUCGUGGACGGGAACCUGAAGCUGAUCCUGGGUCUGAUCUGGACCCUGAUCCUCCACUAUUCCAUCUCCAUGCCCAUGUGGGAGGACGAGGACGACGAGGACGCCAAGAAACUGACCCCCAAGCAGCGUCUGCUGGGCUGGAUCCAGAACAAGGUGCCCCAGCUGCCCAUCACCAACUUCCACCGGGACUGGAGGGACGGCAAGGCGCUGGGAGCUCUGGUGGACAACUGUGCCCCCGGUCUGUGUCCUGACUGGGAAACAUGGGAUCCCAGUCAACCGGUGGAGAACGCCAGAGAGGCCAUGCAGCAGGCUGACGAUUGGCUGGGAGUUCCUCAGGUGAUCGCUCCGGAGGAAAUCGUUGAUCCCAACGUGGACGAGCACUCGGUCAUGACCUACCUGUCUCAGUUCCCCAAAGCCAAGCUGAAGCCCGGUGCCCCCCUGAGGGCCAAGACGCUUCACCCGAAGAGGGCCAAAGCCUACGGACCAGGUAUCGAGCCUCGAGGUAACAUGGUUCUGAAGCCAGCAGAGUUCCUGGUGGAGACGGUGGAGGCUGGACUCGGGGAGGUUCUGGUUUACGUGGAGGAUCCAGAAGGACACACAGAGGAGGCCCGAGUGAUCCCCAAUAAUGACAAAAACCGGACCUACUGCGUGGUCUACCUGCCCAAAGUGGAGGGGCUUCAUAAGGUCAAGGUGCUGUUUGCUGGGCAGGACAUUGACAGGAGUCCCUUCAUGGUGAAUGUUUCGAAGGCAAUCACAGGCGACCCGAGCAGAGUUCAGGCCCGCGGGCCGGGACUGCAGUCGAUGGGGAACGUAGCCAACAAACCUACAUACUUUGAUAUUUAUAUUGCAGGGGCGGGUACUGGAGACGUGGGCGUCAUCAUUGUGGACUCGAAUGGUCGGAGGGAUACAGUGGAGAUUGUCUUGGAGAACAAAGGCGACAGUAUAUUUCGGUGCACCUAUGCUCCCGUCCUGGAAGGGCCACACACCAUCUACGUGACCUUUGCUGGGCAGCAGAUUCCCAGAAGCCCUUUCACCGUCCACAUCUCGGAGGUUUCGCAGAGCGGCCCUCCGCCUGGGUCUCCGGUGCAGGUUGUACCUCAGUCCACUCGCACCCCACCCUCAGACAAGACCAGGAGAGCCCCCCCUCCUACACCGCCCAAACCCAGGCGACCAACCUGUAACCCGAACGCCUGCCGGGCAUCGGGUCGAGGUCUGCAGCCGAAGGGCGUCCGGGUGAAGGAGGUGGCAGACUUUAAAGUUUACACCAAAGGAGCCGGCAGUGGAGAACUCAAAGUCACCGUGAAGGGACCAAAGGGCCUGGAGGAGCCGGUGAAGGUGCUGGAGAUGGAAAACGGUGUGUAUGAGUGUAAUUAUUACCCCAUCAUGACAGGAAAGUACAUCGUCACCAUCACCUGGGGAGGAAACAGCAUCCCACGCAGCCCAUUUGAGGUGCUUGUGAGCGAGGAGGCGGGGCCUCAGAAGGUCAGGGCCUGGGGUCCGGGUCUGGAGACUGGAAUGGUCGGGAAGAGCGCCGACUUUGUGGUGGAGGCCAUCGGCACCGAAGUGGGAACUCUCGGCUUCUCCAUCGAGGGUCCGUCUCAGGCUAAGAUCGAGUGUGACGAUAAAGGCGACGGAUCGUGUGAUGUUCGCUACUGGCCGACCGAGCCGGGCGACUACGCCGUCCACGUCAUAUGUGACGACGAGGACAUCAAGGACAGUCCCUUCAUGGCUCACAUCCUCCCUGCUGCCAACGACGUCUUCCCUGAGAAGGUGAAAUGUUUCGGUCCUGGUCUGGAGCCUCUCGGCUGCAUCGUCAACAAACCCGCCGAGUUCACCAUCGACACCCACGGAGCCGGCAGAGGGGAGCUGAAGCUCUACGCUCAGGACGCAGAAGGUUUCCCCAUCGACAUCCAGAUCACCGAUAACGGAGACAGCACCUUCUUCUGCGUUUACAUUCCCACCAAACCCAUCAAACACACCAUCAUCAUCACCUGGGGCGAAGUCAACGUGCCCAACAGCCCCUUCAGGGUGACCAUCGGAGAAGGAAGCCAUCCAGAGAACGUAAAGGUUUACGGUCCAGGCGUGGAAAAAACGGGCCUGAAGGCCAACGAGCCGACGUACUUCACUGUGGACUGCAGCGACGCCGGACAAGGUGACGUCAGCAUGGGCAUCAAGUGCGCUCCAGGUGUGGUCGGCCCCGCAGAGGCCGACAUCGACUUUGACAUCAUCAAGAACGACAACGACACGUUCACGGUGAAGUACACGCCCCCCGGGCCAGGCCAGUACACCAUCAUGGUUCUGUUCGGAGACCAGGAGAUUCCCAUCAGCCCCUUCAGGAUCAAGGUGGAGCCUUCGCACGAUGCCAACAAAGUCCGAGCAGACGGACCCGGACUGAACCGGACAGGUGUGGAGGUGGGGAAGCCGACCCACUUCACCAUCUACACCAAGGGAGCAGGAAAAGCCAAACCCGAGGUCCACUUCACCGGAGCAGCAAAAGGCGACGCCGUCCGAGACUUCGAGAUCAUCGACAACCACGACUACUCGUACACGGUCCGGUACACGGCUGUGCAGCAGGGCAACAUGUCCGUCACCGUGUGUCACGGAGGAGAUCCCAUCCCAAAGAGUCCGUUCAGCAUCAGCGUGGCGCCUCCUCUGGACCUGAGCCGGGUCAAGGUCCAGAACCUCAACAACAAGGUGGACGUCGGGAAGGACCAGGAGUUCUCCGUCUGCACCCGCGGCGCUGGCGGUCAGAACAAGCUGGACGUGAAGAUCACCUCGCCGUCACGUCGACCAAUCCCCUGCAAGCUGGAGUCGGGCUCCGCCAACGAGCUUCACUCGGUGAAGUACAUCCCCCCCGAGGAGGGAACGUACCGGGUCGACGUCAGCUACGACGGGAACCCGGUUCCUGGGAGUCCGUUCAGCGUGGAGGGAGUGAUGCCGCCCGACCCGUCCAAGGUCCGGGCCUACGGUCCGGGUCUUCAGGGUGGUGUUGUGGGUAAACCGGCCCCCUUCGCCAUUGACACUAAAGGCGCUGGUACCGGUGGUUUGGGUCUGACAGUGGAAGGACCCUGCGAAGCAAAGAUCGAGUGCCAGGACAAUGGCGACGGGUCUUGUUCUGUGUCCUACCUGCCCACUGAGCCCGGCGAGUACGCCAUCAACAUCCUAUUCGCCGACCAGCACAUCCCCGGGUCACCCUUCAAGGCCGCGGUCCAGUCGGUGUUCGACCCCAGCAAGGUGACGGCCAGCGGGCCGGGCCUGGAACGGGGGAAGGUCAAUGAGGCCGGCACCUUCACCGUGGACUGCUCCAAAGCCGGAGAGGCCGAGCUCACCGUCGAGAUCAUCUCCGACUCCGGAACCAAAGCCGAGGUCCACGUCCAGAACAACGCCGACGGAACCUACUCCAUCACCUACAUCCCCCAGAGCCACGGCAUGUACUCCAUCACCAUCAAGUACGGAGGACACGUGGUGCCAAAGUUCCCGACCCGACUACAGGUGGACCCGGCUGUGGACACCAGCGGGGUGAAGGUCUACGGACCCGGAGUGGAACCGACAGGCGUCCUGAGGGAAGUAAAAACCCACUUCAUCGUGGACGCCCGAGCUCACUACAAGAGCGGCGGGAACCACGUCAGCGCCGCCAUCUCCAACCCGUCGGGCGCCAACACAGACGCCUACGUCAUCGACAAGGAGGACGGGACCUACCUGGUGCAGUACACGCCCUACGAGGACGGUUUGCAUCUGAUCGAGGUUUCGUUCGAUGAGGUCUCGGUGCCGAAGAGUCCGUUCAAGGUGUCGGUGAUCGAGGGUUGUGAUCCAACUCGAGUCCAAGCUUACGGUCCAGGUCUAGAAGAAGGACUCGUGAACAAAUCAAACCGUUUCACUGUUGAGACCAGGGGUGCUGGCACUGGAGGUCUUGGUCUGGCAAUCGAGGGACCGUCGGAGGCAAAGAUGUCGUGUAAGGACAACAAAGAUGGCAGCUGCAGCGUGGAGUACAUCCCCUUCACACCUGGAGAAUAUGACGUCAACAUCACCUUCGGAGGCCGACCAAUCCCAAUGAGUCCGUUUCGUGUCCCGGUGCGAGAGCUGGUUGAUCCCAGCAAGGUGAGAUGUUCAGGUCCAGGCCUUGGAAGUGGAGUCCGAGCUCAUGUUCCUCAGACCUUCACUGUGGACAGCAGCAAGGCUGGAGUGGCUCCUCUGGAGGUCCAACUCUACGGGCCAACAGGUGUGGCCGAACCCAUCAGCGUCACUGACAACGGCGACGGCACUCACACGGUCAACUACACUCCUGCCAACGACGGUCCGUACACGGUGUGCGUCAAGUACGCCGACCAGGAGGUUCCCCGCAGUCCUUUCAAGAUCAAGACGUUGCCGGCUCACGAUGCCAGUAAAGUUCGAGCCAGCGGUCCGGGUCUGAACGCUUCUGGAGUUCCGGCCAGUCUGCCGGUCGAGUUCACCAUCGACGCCAGAGAUGCUGGAGAAGGACUGCUGACCGUCCAGAUACUGGGUCCGGACGGCUGCAGGCGCGAGGCCUCGGUGUUUGUGGAGGACUGGGGCAGGAGGGUUUGGGAGACUCAUAUAGUAAAGAGAACCAUCCCCUUCAGUAUUCUGAGGAGAGGCUUCGAUCCAGAGGGGAAACCGAAGAAGGCGAACAUCCGGGACAACCAGGACGGAACGUACACGGUGUCCUACGUACCCGACAUGGCCGGGCGCUACACCAUCACCAUCAAGUACGGCGGAGACGAGAUCCCGUACUCGCCUUACCGCAUCCACGCCCUGCCCACCGGAGACGCCAGCAAGUGUCUGGUCACAGUGUCGAUCGGAGGACACGGACCGGGUUCAGGUAUUGGCCCGACCAUCCAGAUCGGAGAGGAGACCGUCAUCACCGUGGACGCUAAGGCUGCUGGGAAAGGUAAAGUCACCUGUAAGGUGUCGACGCCGGACGGAGCCGAGCUGGACGUGGACGUGGUGGAGAACGCCGACGGAACAUUUGAUAUUUACUACACGGCUCCGGAACCGGGGAAAUACGUCAUCACCAUCCGGUUCGGAGGAGAAAACAUCCCCAACAGCCCCUUCCAUGUGGUGGCCAGUGAAAGCGUCCCAAUAAUAGAGGAACCGUGUGACCAGCUUCAGUUACAGCAGAACUUCUUCUCCCCUCAAUGGGCCACCGACGAUCCGAUCAGCCCGGUGGACGGGCUGGAGCCGAUGCUGCGUCCCUUCAGCCUGGUCAUCCCGUUCACGGUGCAGAAAGGAGAGAUCACAGGUGAGGUGCGGAUGCCGUCCGGUCGAACAGCUCAGCCUCACAUCACCGACAACAAGGACGGAACCGUCACAGUGAAGUACUCCCCGACUGAACGAGGUCUGCACGAGAUGGACAUCAAAUACGACGGAAACCACAUCCCAGGGAGUCCACUGCAGUUCUACGUCGACGCCAUCAACAGCGGCCACGUGACGGCAUACGGACCCGGUCUGACCCACGGAACCGUGAACCGACCGGCCACGUUCACCAUCGUCACUAAAGACGCCGGAGAAGGUGGUUUGUCUCUGGCCGUUGAAGGUCCGUCAAAAGCGGAGAUAAACUGUAAAGACAACAAAGACGGGACGUGUACGGUGUCCUACCUGCCCACCGCACCUGGAGACUACAACAUCAUCGUCAAGUUUGAUGACAAGCACAUCCCCGGCAGCCCGUUCACCGCCAAGAUCACCGGUGACGACUCCAUGAGGAUGUCGCAGCUCAACGUCGGCACAGCAACAGACGUGUCCCUAAAGAUCACGGAGACGGACUUGAGCAGCCUGACGGCGACCAUCCGAGCGCCGUCUGGAAACGAGGAGCCCUGCCUGCUGAAGAGGCUUCCCAACCGGCACAUUGGAAUCUCCUUCACGCCAAAGGAAGUGGGCGAACACGUGGUCAGCGUGAUGAAAAACGGGAAGCACGUGACCAACAGUCCGUUCAAGAUCAUGGUUGGUCAGUCGGAGAUCGGCGACGCCAGCAAGGUGAAGGUCUACGGCCAGGGGCUGGUGGAAGGACACACCUUCGAGGUGGCCGAGUUCAUCGUGGACACCAGGAACGCAGGUUACGGCGGUCUGGGUCUGUCCAUCGAGGGUCCCAGUAAGGUGGACAUCAACUGUGAGGACGUGGAGGACGGGACAUGUAAAGUCACCUACUGUCCAACCGAACCCGGGAACUACAUCAUCAACAUCAAGUUCGCCGACCAACACGUGCCGGGAAGUCCGUUCACGGUGAAGGUGUUUGGCGAGGGCCGGAUGAAGGAGAGCAUCACCAGGAAGCGCCAGGCUCCCUCCAUUGCCACCAUCGGCAGCACCUGCGACCUCAGCCUCAAAAUCCCAGGGAACUGGUUUCAGAUGGUCUCGGCCCAGGAGCGUCUGACCCGGACCUUCACCCGCAGCAGCCACACCUACACUCGGACCGAACGCACCGAGAUCAGCAAGACUCGGGCCGGAGAGACGAAGCGGGAGGUCCGGGUGGAGGAGAGCACUCAGGUCGGAGGAGAUCCGUUCAGAGACGUGUUCGGAGACUUUCUGGGUCGGGAGAGUCUGGGCGGGUUCAGCGGGAUGCCGGCCGGCAGCCGCCCGCCGCUGCAGGACGGUGAGGCAGGUAACCAGGAAAUGACGGCUCAGGUGACGAGUCCAGGAGGGAAGACGGAGGAUGCAGAGAUCAUCAGAGGGGAGGACAGCACCUACAGCGUUCGCUUCAUCCCUCAGGAGAUGGGACCUCACACCGUCAAUGUGAAAUAUCGGGGCCAGCAUGUACCCGGGAGUCCCUUCCAGUUCACUGUGGGGCCACUGGGGGAGGGAGGAGCCCACAAGGUCCGGGCCGGAGGAACCGGACUGGACCGGGGAGUGGCCGGGAUCCCAGCUGAGUUCAGUAUCUGGACCAGAGAAGCCGGAGCUGGAGGUUUGUCCAUUGCAGUGGAGGGACCCAGCAAGGCCGAGAUCACCUUUGAAGACCGGAAGGAUGGAUCCUGUGGCGCCUCCUACGUGGUGCAGGAGCCCGGUGAUUAUGAAGUUUCCAUUAAGUUCAACGAUGAGCACAUCCCCGACUCGCCCUUCAUCGUCCCCGUGGCCACGCUGUCCGACGACGCUCGCCGCCUCACCAUCACCAGCCUGCAGGAAAUGGGUCUGAAAGUGGGUCAGGAAGCUUCUUUUGCUGUCCAGCUGAAUGGAGCCAGAGGGCUGAUCGACGCUAAGAUCCACACUCCAUCAGGAGCCAUAGAGGAGUGCUACAUCACCGAGCUGGACAGCGACCAGCACGCGAUCCGGUUCAUCCCGCGAGAGAACGGCGUUCACUCUAUAGACGUUCGUUUCAACGGCAGCCAUGUUCCCGGCAGCCCCUUCAAGAUCCGAGUGGGAGAACCGGGCCAGGUGGGAGAUCCAGGGCUGGUGUCUGCCUUUGGACCGGGCCUGGAGGGAGGAACCACAGGUGUGGCGUCCGAGUUCAUCGUCAACACCUGCAACGCUGGUUCUGGAGCUCUGUCGGUGACCAUUGACGGCCCGUCCAAGGUGAAGAUGGAGUGUCAGGAGUGUCCUGAAGGCUACAAGGUGUCCUACACACCGAUGGCUCCUGGAAACUAUCUGAUCUCCAUCAAAUAUGGAGGACCGCUACACAUCGUAGGAAGCCCCUUCAAGGCCAAAGUCUCAGGUCCUCGUCUGUCCGGCGGUCACAGUCUACACGAAACGUCGUCGGUUAUCGUGGAAACCGUCACCAAGUCGUCGUCAAUGGGCGGAGCCUUCGCCUCGCUGCCCAAAUUCUCGUCAGACGCCAGUAAAGUCGUGUCCAGAGGCGCCGGACUGUCGAAGGCCUUCGUGGGUCAGAAGAACACGUUCACGGUCGACUGCAGCAAAGCAGGAACCAACAUGCUGAUGGUCGGCGUCCACGGACCGAAGACGCCGUGCGAGGAGGUCUACGUCAAGCACAUGGGCAGCCGGAUGUACAACGUGACGUACACGGUGAAGGAGCAGGGCAGCUACAUCCUCAUCGUCAAGUGGGGAGACGAGAACGUUCCCGGCAGCCCGUUCCACGUCACCGUGCCGUAGAACUGAACUCUUCUCUCCUCCGUGAUGCACUGGAGACGUUUCACUUUGUUCUGGGACAGCGUUCACGCUCGGUGCCAAAGUUCUCAUGCUCAUCGUCCCGGUUCUUCUGGUUCCUGCAGAUUCGGUCCUGAGGCUGAACUCUGAUCUUCUCGCAGCAGCUUUUAUAAACAGUACCUUAAACUGAGAUGAGUUAACUCGGGUUGAAUCACUGCCAUCUAUCUGUGGGUUAACGUCAGCGCUCAGGACGGGCGCUGCUUUAAAGUUAAAGGAUCGUUCUGCUUUAUUUCACCUGCUGCUUCCUCGGUUGUGUUUUAAAUGUGUGUUGGAGGAAAAUAUCCAACCUGAUCGGAUAUUUUCUGUCUGAUGUGAUCACCAACGUGUUCGUCCUCCGCACAGAAAACAGCAGAAACACUGACUGACGACGACUAAAGACAGAAAACGACUUAAAAUGAUGAACGAACAGGAAACAGCGACUGAGUGGAUGACGAGAAGAAGCGACAGAACAGAAGCUGAACAUGACCAGACAGCGACUAUGUGUGACUGAAACAGAGCAGUGAAUGAAAACCACAAACAUCUGUGGCUGAACAUGACAGAAGACGGUGAAUGUAAAGGACGGAGAUCAGCCACUGAGACGACAACAAACAGACUUAAUGAGAUGAAAACCAGCGACUGAAAAGCUCCAACCGGUGACUGAAAAUAGAAAAAGAGACUAAAAAUGACAGGAAAUGAACAUUUGACUAAACAGCAACUACAAGCAUCUGAACACAGUCACAGAAACGACGGAUAUGAGUUUAUGGAUAACAACAGAAAACAGCGACUAGAAGUUUGACCUGACAGCGACGAUGAAGACCUGGAGCCAGUGACUGAACCCGACCGUGUUCUGUUUGGUUUGUUGCUGACGGAAACCCAACCGGCUGAUGGGAAGCAGAACGAUCCUUUAACGUCACAGUAAAAGUAGAAAAACUCAUUUCCUGCUUCAGACAAUCGGUCCAGGUGAAUUCAGCCAAUCAGAGCUCAGCGUGCGUUUGAAUCCUCCGGGACGUUUCUUUCAAACCUGUGGAUUUAGAUUCUCGUGUUUCUGUGAGAACCCCAGACGUCGAGCAGAAGCAGCUGGUUCCACAUCAGGACAAACUGAAAUGUGAUUUUAUUUAUUCUCUGAUUUUCUUUGACAGAAAAUGGUCUUAUUGUGAAAGAGCAGGCGAAGGACUCGACCUUCCUCCUGGAUUCUGUGUUCGGAGGAAAGUCGGCGUUACACUUUAGAUUCUUCUUCUUCUUUUGUUUUUUUUUUACCACAGGAAAGACGUGCAGUGGAGUUUAUUGUGUGACUGUUGAAGCACGAAGACAUUUUAUAGUGAUUUUCUAUGAGUGAAUAAAGUUUGAUAUGUAACCUCCAGUCAGAUUGUGCAGGCAUAAUGAACACACCUACAAAUAAACCAUCAUGUGCAA